AUGGAUAUGUCGUUGGCCGGUGAGAAGAGAUUGCUUGAGCUCAACGAACUUAAGGAGCUUAGAUAUGAUGCCUAUGAGAACUCAAGGCUAUACAAGGAGAAAACCAAGAAAUGGCACGACCAACAUAUAAGGAACAAGAGCUUCAAGGUUGGAGACAAGGUGUUGCUAUUCAAAUCUAGGCUUCGUUUGUUUCCCGAAAAGCUCAAAUCCAAAUGGUCGAGGCCUUUCAUGAUUUCAAGGACUACUCCUUAUGGGUCUUUUGAGUUGGAGGCGGGUUACUGCAAGUUCAUGGUUAAUGGUCAUCGUUUGAAGCACUACUUUUUCAAGGAUGAAAUUGGUUUGAUUGGAUGCAUGAGGCUUGAUCCUAUGGAUCUUAAGCCACCCUCUGGAUGA